AUGCAUCCGGAGUUCCCGGAUGAGGACAUCAUGACCUUGUUCGAGGAGGAGGUAGAGGAUGAAGAUAGGGACAAAUGGAUUGUGUGGUUCGACGGUGUGUCCAACGCACUAGGCCAGGGAGUUAGGGCAGUUUUGGUUACCCCCGACGAUCAAUGUAUACCUUUCACAAGUAGAUUAGGCUUUGACUGCACAAACAAUAUGGCUGAUUAUAAGGCGUGCGCCCUUGGGAUCCUAGCGGCAAUUGACUUCAAGGUCAAGUUGCUCAAGGCCUACAUCAGGAUGCUGAUAGAGUUCUUCGAUGACAUAUCCUUCCACCACAUUCCUAGAGAGGAGAAUCAAAUGGCCGAUGCGCUGGCCACUCUCGCAUCCUUUUUCCAGCUAACCCCGCAUGGGGACUUGUUGUACAUUGAAUUCAGAUGUCGCGGCAGGCCUGCGCACUGCUGCUUGAUAGAAGAAGAGCAGGAUGGUAAACCUUGGUACUUUGAUAUCAAGAAGUACAUCGAGGACAAGAAAUACCCAUGA